GGUGACAAUUAAUUUAGGAUGAGAAGUAAUUUUCUAAUCUUAGUAUAUAGUAAAUAUCAUAGAGGAAUAGAAUACUAGUAGUUGAUUGAUUAUUGUACGUUUAGUACUCCGUAUCAUUGAUUACCAAGAAGCUAUGUAGGUAUGUUAAGUAGAUUGCUCAAUUGACAUGUAAAGGGAAGUGAGAAAUAGGAGUAGUACUCCUAGUAGAAGUGGUGGGGCUAAUAUGUAAGCCCCACAAGAGUAAAAAGUGUUAGGGAGAAAGGGGGACAAGUGUAGUCCUUCUAAAGAUAAAUUGAAUUGCCAAUAUCAAGGUUCAUCAUCACCCAAACACCUCCAUGUUCUCGCAAUUAAGGACCUCCUCUUCCUUAGCUUCUCUUUUUUUUCUUUUCUUUUCUUUAUUUUUUUUUUUCUAAUUACAAAAACUUCAUUUUAUAGCCCUCUAUAUAUAUGUUCGUGUUAAAAUGUCUCUUAGUACACUACUACUCCCUUUCUAUUCUAAACAACAAUAACUCAAGGAAAAAAAAAACCCUAGCUUUAAUUCCCUCAUUUAAAUACUAGCUAGCUUUUCACCUUUUUUUUUUGCCCUAAUAAUACGCAUUAAUAUAUAUAUACUCACACUUUUUUUUAGAUAAUCAUCUUAUCAUGUCUUCGGUUGCGCUUAAGUUUUUGGCUGCCUUGUUAUUACUACAAAUGCAUGCAUGCAAUGCAAGGCACACCUUUGAUCUUGUUUCCUAUACAAAGGUGGUGGAUACUGGUGAGAAAACAAAGCUAGUACAUGAUGAAAUUGAUCUCAAAGGAUCUCCUAUAUUUGAGGAUAUCAUGUAUACAUCUUCAGAUGACAUAUCAAUUGCUACGUUGGAAAAUAACUCAUGGCCGUCAAAAGAUAUGCAGGGAUUCAAAGUGAAGGUAAGAUCAAUGCUAGAAUCGAAGUCACAUGAUGAGACCAAACAACCGACUAGUAGUGAUGCAAAUGAAGGUGAAUCAGUGGAGGAUGCCGUGGUCAUGGAUUAUGUUCAUCCCCAUCGCAAGUCUCCGAUUCACAACCAUCAUUAGCUAUAGAAUACGUACUGUCCUUAAUUAUAUGAUCAAUCUAAGCUAGCUCCUAAAACGAUGUUUAUUAUUUCCCUUCUUUUGAGUCUGUUUUUCAGACAUGUAACAACAUGAUUAAACCUAUGAUAUUAAGUAUGCAGUGGAUCCACAGGACCACAGUUUUUUUUGUUUGUAUCCUUGAACAACGAUAUGUAUGAUCGA